AAGAGGUGGGAGUGUAAAACUCGUAGAAAAUAACCAGUGAGGUCUUUAAGAAGAAGGCUGAUAGAAUCUUUGGAUAAAACAAGGGGUGAAAUUUGCAUUGCUCAACUAUCAAAAUUCCCUCCCUUCGGAUUAUCCGACAAAAAAAAAAACACAGUGAUCAUCUUUGUACCUGUCAAUUAAGAAAUGCAGAUACUCAUCAGGAUUGCCAGGCUUCGAAAAGAAGAUUAGUUGAGUUAUUGGUGUUGGUGCAGCAAGAAUCAGCUGUCAGAGUUUUGCAAAUUUUUGUUUCUUCAUUAGGGACUUUCAGAGUUUGGACGCCAUAAAGGAUGAAUACAGGAAAGUGGAGUUCGAUUCUCGCUACUCUUGUUGGAAUUCUAUGCCUCAUUUGUUCUUCCUUCUCCGAGCCAGCUCCCUACCACACAUUCGCCAAAGAUGCUACAGCGGCUCCGCCUCUAGUGUUCUACGACUACAUAAUCGUCGGCGGAGGAACUUCAGGAUGCGCUUUGGCAGCCACCCUGUCCCAGGGAGGUCGAGUGCUUUUGCUGGAAAGGGGCGGCUUGCCAUACGACGACCCCAACGUAAUGGACAUAAAAGGGUUCGGUGCCACCCUAGCGAAUACCUCCCCAUCAUCCCCUUCCCAGCUAUUCAUUUCCACCGACGGAGUGAUCAACCACAGAGCCAGGGUGUUAGGGGGCGGGACGGCCUUGAAUGCGGGGUUCUACUCGAGGGCGAGCACCGACUACGUCAGCAGGAUGGGGUGGGAUCAGAGGGCAGUGAACGAGUCGUACGAGUGGGUGGAAAACAAGGUGGUAUUCGAGCCGGAAGUGGGGGCGUGGCAAUCGGCGGUGAGGAGUGGUUUGCUGGAAGCCGGGCAAUUCCCGUACAACGGAUUUACGUACGAUCAUGUGAAGGGGACUAAGGUGGGGGGCACCACCUUUGAUGGAAGUGGCUACAGACACACCGCUGCAGAUUUGCUCGAGUAUGCUCAUCCACCAAACAUCACUCUCUAUUUGCAGGCAAUCGUGGAGCAAAUCUUGUUCAAGACAGAAAAGCUUCCAAGACCAAGAGCCCAUGGAGUCUUGUUCUUGGACCCUAGUGGGAACAGGCAUCUGGCGUUCCUGAACAGAGGCUGGGCGAACGAGAUCAUUUUAUCAGCCGGAGCACUAGGAAGCCCACAAUUGCUGAUGUUGAGUGGUAUUGGGCCAACUGGACACCUAAGGACGCACGGCAUCAAAGUGUUGUUGGACCAGCCCAUGGUGGGUCAGGGAAUGGCGGACAACCCAAUGAACGCCAUCGUGGUUCCUUCGCGUCGCCCCGUGGAGACUUCCCUCAUUCAAAUUGUUGGCAUCACCCAGUUCGGUAGCUACGUCGAAUCUGCUAGUGGACCCGUUGCCUUUAAUUGGGUGCACGGCCUCAAUCAACAGUACCACAAGCCACUGUCAUGAUGCUGGGCAGGUACAUGGGACAAAGGAUUCUGAAUGAGAGAGAUUCCCAAUGCAAUGAAGCGGUAGAAGAUUGACAGACAAGACCGGAUUAUCCAUUUACUGCUUUUGUUUUCUUUUAUACUCCUAUAUAAUAUAACUGAUCAUGUUAGCGGUGGGGAUAUGUCCGGAAUUGAGAACUUAAUGAUUUGCUGCUGCUCUGUUAAUCUGAUGACAGGCUGUUUUUUCA